AUGGACGCGGCGGAUGACUGGUUUGGUGACGAGGGCGAUUUCAAUUUGUUGUACCAGAUUGAUCAUCAGCUUGUCGCCGAGGGCGCAGUGGAAUUCGAGGACCAUUACCAGGACCAUUUGGAGGAUAGCGAUAACAACGAAAACAACGACAACGACAACGGGGACAGCAGUGACUUUGACAUCGACCUCGACGACUACCACGGCGAACUGGUAGAAGUGGACUUGGACGACAACCAUAAUCUGGUGGACAACGACAUCGAUCUAUCGGACAUUGACGACGAUCCACGUUUUGAAUUCCGCGACCUUUCGCUCGAUCUCGAAGAAGUACUAUCAGAAGAAGAGGGUCACUUCCACUUCAACAUUGACAGCGACGGCCCGCAGUCGCCCCGCCAUCCCAUCCAAAGCCCACAUUCCCCACAGUCUCCGUCAUCUAGCGAAUCUAGCCUGGUCGACGCCGACCCUGGAUUUGACAUCGACCUCGACCUUCCUUACGACUUUGAGCACGACUCCGGCCUCGACAUUCCCGGCGUUUACAGCAGCAACAGCAGCGGCUUCUCGACAGAUAUAGACGAAGACAGCGAAAACGACGACAACGAACAAGAAGACGAGGACGAAGACAACAACGAAGACACCUCAAACGACGACGAAAGCGACUACGAUUCCGAUUCCUCUGUUGAACGCCGUGUCCGCGAACAAUUCAACAUUUUCGAAGCCAGCGCGCGUAUCGAGGCGCGUCUUGACGAACUAGAGCAACGCCGUCAGCUGUUUGUGCAAGGACUGGCUGAGGCGCGUCGGCAGUUCGAAUCGAUUGCCGGAGAGGAGGUCAACCGCCGCGAACAAAAUCGUCACCACCCGUAUCGCGUGCCGGCUCUGCUUGACCGUCGCCGGGCUCAACAACAGCAACAGCAACAGCAACAAGGCGGGGGAGGUCUUUUGGGUUUGGGUGAAGGACCAGCUGCCCCGCGAAACAACAACGCCGACAGGCUGGACGAACUAGUCGAGAUGGAAGUAGGAUGGCCGGGUGGCCGGCGGGCAGACAGGCGCACUCCCGCUGCCGCCGCCGAUAACGACCAGAACAACAACAAUGACAACCCCGCACAACAAGACAACCAAGUUGUCAUCGACCUCACCUCAGAUUUGGAAGAUUCUGACGACGCGCCUCUUCGAAUCGGUCGGUCUAGAGUAAUUCGCCGUCACCGCCCUUCAGCAUCAGUUGAAGCACGUCGCGCAGCACGUCGCGCAAUGUCUGCCAACGCCAACAACAACGGUGCCGCCGCUGGUGGUGCUCCUGCCAACCAAGCUGGCAACGAAUUCCCCGAAGUCAUCGACCUUACGCAGGACGAUGACGACCCCGCCCCAGCUGGCCCGGCUGCUGGUCACCGCCGUCGAGGAAACAUCGAACGCAGCCGCAGGCCCGUGAACCGUCGCCCUGCCGCCAACGAACUCAUUGUCGACCUAGGCGAAGUCAAUUCCGACGACGACGACGCCAUCGCUCGCGCUGCUCAUCGCCCACCAGCAGCACGUAACUUCUUUGGCGCCCCCGUCCGUCCCCCAGCCGCCGCCGGUAGAGCCGCGCGCGCAGGUGGCGGUGGUCUAGGCGGCGCGUUUGACAAUUUCUUCCAGCUCAUCCGCAUGGGCGCCUUCGCCAAUGUCCGGCCGGACCUCGAAGUCCAGCUCAUCGGCUUGGACGCCAACAACAACCCUCUGGGAAGAAACAUACCAAACUUUGACUACGGCAACAACGGACGAAACGGAGGUGCGGCGGCGGCGGCUGCUGCUGCUGCUGAGCAAGCGAGGAAUGCACUCGCGCCGCCACCGGCUAGGCCAGGGUUCACGAGGGCGACGGGAGAGGAUCUGGCUAUUGUUUGUCCGAGCUGUGAGGAAGAGCUGGCUUAUGAUCAGGAUGAGGAAGACCAGAAGGCGGGACAAGCACCGACGCCGAAGAAGGCGAGGACGAGGAAGGAUCGCGAGGAACACUUUUUUUGGGCUGUUAAGGAGUGUGGACAUGUCUACUGCAAGAAAUGUUUCGAAAACCGCAGAUGCAUAAAGAACACGGGCUUCAAACAGCAGGAUCAAGGGUCCUCCGGUGCGGCAGGUUCUAGUACCGGCGGUCGUGCGGCGUCCAAGACUCAACAACUACUUUGCGCGGUGGACGAUUGCUCGGCUGAGGUUGGUUUCAAGAAUGCUUGGGUUGGGUUGUUCUUGUGA